AUUACUCAGCAGCCCCCAAUAGCAUAACAGAUCCUGACAUUUUAGUGUCAUGUGGAAAUCACAUUCAACCCAUGUUUUCCAUUACGUGUCAUAUCUCAUGUUUCUGUUUUGAAUUUGUAUCUGUGAUAGUCGUAGCAAUAUUGGGUAAACAAGUUUAGAACCUGAGGAAAGCAUUUUAGCUGAGAUAUCAUUCAUAUUCCUGGCUGUAUGACACAACCCCUCCCAGUUUACCUCCCAUUUUAGCACUUGUUCUCCUUGACUUCCCUUCAUCUAAUAUAAGAGGUGGUAAGGUUGGUGUAUACCCUCAAUGCUUCCUGUCAUGCAUCCAAAAUCUCUCCUGUUGCUGCUGACCGCAUACGCAGCCCAUGGUUCACUGCAGCCCCAGGCUCUGUGGCAAUUUGGCAGAAUGAUCACGUGCACCCAGCCUGAUGUCAACCCCUUCAUGUACAAUAACUAUGGCUGUUGGUGUGGCUUGGGGGGGACUGGGACUCCCAAGGAUGACCUGGAUAGGUGUUGUGAGGUCCAUGACCUCUGCUACCGAGCGAGCAGGCAUCUUCCAGAGUGCCGUCCCAUCAUUGACGUCCCUUACAUCAAGGUGUACAUAUUCUCUUGCACGAAUGGGCAGGUCUCCUGUUCAGCUUCCAACGAUGUGUGCCAGGCCUCAGUGUGCGAGUGUGACCGAGUCGCCGCCAACUGCUUCGCCCAGUCCACCUACAACCCUGAGAACAAUAACCUGGACCCCAAAACCCACUGUAUCACCUGAGCCAAGACAAAUCCUCUGGAAGCAGUACAAACAUCUGAAACUACUGUAGAUUCACUGAAUGUUUAUGAAUCCUGUUUCAUGGAUGUGUGUCAUGUUUGCUGGAAUUGAAUUUACUGUGCCAAUUAAACUGUUGACCUAUUAAAUGAUUGAAUGGCA